AACAUGGAUAUCCAGUGUUAGAAAGAAAGCUCUAGAGAGAGAGAGAGAGAGAGAGAGGGAAAUGGCGGUGAGACAGAGAGCCAUGGGAACUCUGCCGAACCUGAUUCGAAGCCUCCGAAAGGAAUCUCUUCUAAACCCAAAACCCACGAACCCAUCUGUACUACCAUCUCUUCGACGCGCUUUCUCGCUCUACGAUCAGGUCAACCUGAUCAACGACGUCCCCGAAGACCAGCUUCGCUUUAAAGGCUAUUCUGAUACUGGGUUCAACGUCAAUGGCGUCGACUAUGAGGGCAGCUUGCUCUGCGUUGGGAAUUUCCUCAUGUCUUGGGCCCCCACCAAAUUUUCAGACAUCACUCCUGAAAGCUUAUCUAUCUUCCAAACCUUGCGGCCUAUUCCAGAGAUUUUGAUACUUGGCUGUGGGAGGAAUAUUGAAAUAGUAAAUCCUGAACUUCGGCGCUUCAUUCGGUCUACUGGCAUGAAGUUGGAAGCCCUUGACUCGAGAAACGCUUCAACAACUUACAACAUAUUGAAUGAAGAAGGUAGGAUUGUGGCUGCUGCACUUCUACCAUAUGGGGUUUCUUCCUAAUGUCUAGAUUUAGCAUUUGAGAUGAUUUUCAUUUUUAGCUUAUGCAAGAUGCAUUUCAAUUCAAGCUACUGAGAGUCCCUUGCCGUUUCUAACAAGAAUUAUUUGAUUUGAGAGUUAGACAACUUUUGUUGUAUGUAAAUAAGCUGGAAUUCGUAUGGCCCAUGAUUGUAGAUCUUUAUGCAUUUCGUGUUAUUUACUGGAAGGUAUUUCAUUUUUGAAGCAACAAGCAAGUCUGCUCAAGUUGGCCUCAAGCUUUUGAACAUUAUCUUAAACAUAGUUUCUUGAAUUUUUAAAUAACUAAAUAAAUCAUAGAGUUAAGGUGUA